CAGCCUGGAAUAGGGUUGCGCUGCAGUCACUCGGGCGGAGUCGUCCUGUAAAUCGGGUGCACGAGCCAUCUAAAUUUACACUUUAUAUUACUUUCCAACGAUCGGGUACAAUUGGAUUCACUACCCAGACUUAUACCGAGGAACGAAACUUUAUUUUCUUAUAUUCCCUGCAAACAGUUGGUCUUUUUUUCUACUGGAAGAACCAUCGGAUCUUACAGUUACCAUAGCCUUUACGGGAAGGAAGGAAGAUUUAGUCGGGUUAGCUAGCUUUUGACUGGGCCCCUAUCACGCAAGUUAGGGGAACACACAUGACUUAUCUUCUGCAGGCCUUUUGCAAAUGGGAUCACUCUGUCUAAAGCACCAUGCGGGUGCCAUGGACCAUUGGCCCAUUAAUAUGACCUGAAGAACUUCAUGAGAUUAUUUCCAGAACUCCUGAGAAUGAUAUAAGACACUCAACGUUUUUGUUAGGACAUUUACAAGUUGCUGUGUGGUGUAUGUAUAGAAGUUUUUUUUUUCUUUAAAGAAAAAUCUUAAGUACGGUGAUCCUCAACUGGAAGGAUUUGUCGUUACCGUGAAAUAUCAGCUGUGAAAUAGUAAGUAAAUAUCAAGAUGAGCGCUGAAGGAUACCAGUACCGUGCGCUUUAUGACUAUAAGAAGGAAAGGGAAGAGGACAUUAGUCUGCAUAUUGGGGACAUCUUGAUAGUUAGCAGAGGUGCCUUGUCGGCCCUCGGCUUCGCGGAUGGCAUGGAGGAAAAGCCAGAGGACAUAGGCUGGCUGCCUGGUUUCAACGAAACCACCCAGGAGAAGGGGGACUUCCCUGGGACCUACGUGGAGUUCAUUGGGAAGAAGAGGAUUUCGCCUCCCACCCCAAAACCAAGACCUCCCAGGCCUCUACCUGUCGCCCCAGGUCCAACAAAGACUGACUCGGACGGCGAACAAGCCUCUACGCUGUUGGACCUGAUGGAGCAGUUUGCGCCGCCUGAGAUCGCUCCUCCCAUGCUCCUGCGUCUGAUCGGGGCCAUCGAGCGAAAGGGUUUGGACAACCCCACGCUGUAUCGCACCUUCACUGCGGGCGGUGGCCUGGAGGUCCGGCAGUGCUUUGACGGCGAUGCCCCCAUGUCAGACCUGGACCAGUUUGACCUGCCCGUGCUGUGUGACGGACUGAGGCGCUACUUGCAAGACCUUCCCCAGCCUGUCGUCCCCGCUGCCAUCUACACCGAUUUGGUCCUCAUUGCCCAAGAGGUGGCGAGCCCAGACGAUUGUUCCGUGCGUCUGCGUCGCGUGCUGCAGUCCCAGGCGGUGCCCCCUCAGCACUGGCUGGCGCUCCAGUGCCUGCUGCGCCAUCUUGCCCACGUGUGCCAGGCGUCGGCCCGCAACCUGCUCAGCGCCCGCGCCCUGGGAGAGAUCUUCAGCCCCCUGCUCUUCAGGCAGCAGGCCGCUAGCUGUGAACCCAGUCCUGACUCCCACAUAAGGAUCAUCGAAGUCCUGGUCACCAGCGAGUGGGGCGACACACAGGCUGCACCAGCCUUACCUCCAAAACCACCCAAGCCCACCCCUGUGACUAACAACGGUAUGAACAACAACAUGGCGCUGCAGGACGCCGAGUGGUACUGGGGAGACAUCUCAAGGCAAGAGGUCAACGAGAAACUCAGAGACACUCCUGAUGGUACGUUUCUUGUGAGAGAUGCUUCGACCAAAAUGCACGGAGACUACACGCUCACGCUAAGGAAAGGAGGCAACAACAAGCUGAUCAAAAUUUUCCAUCGCGACGGGAAGUACGGCUUUUCGGACCCCUUGACUUUCAACUCUGUGGUUGAGCUUAUCAACCACUACCGGCACGAGUCCCUCGCCCAGUACAACCCUAAACUUGAUGUGAAAUUGCAGUAUCCUGUGUCAAAGCACCAGCAGGAUCAGGUGGUCAAGGAGGACAACAUCGAAGCUGUGGGGAAGAAGCUGUUCGAGUACCACCAGCAGUACCAAGAAAAGAAUCGAGAGUACGACAGACUGUAUGAGGAGUACACAAGAACAUCGCAGGAAAUUCAAAUGAAGAGGACUGCCAUCGAAGCCUUCAACGAGACCAUAAAGAUCUUCGAAGAGCAGUGCCAGACUCAGGAGAGGUACAGCAAGGAGUAUAUUGAGAAGUUCCGGCGCGAGGGCAACGAGAAGGAGAUCCAACGGAUCAUGGUGAACUACGAGAAGCUCAAGUCGCGCAUUAGCGAGAUCGUGGACAGCAAACGGCGCCUGGAGGAGGACCUCAAGAAGCAGGCGGCCGACUACCGUGAGAUCGACAAGCGCAUGAACAGCAUCAAGCCCGACCUCAUCCAGCUACGCAAGACCAGGGAUCACUACCUUACGUGGCUCACACAGAAGGGUGUCAGGCAAAAGAAGCUCAACGAAUGGCUAGGCAUCAGCAGCGAAAAUAACGAAGAUCAAUACUCGAUGGUGGAAGAUGACGAGGACUUGCCACACCACGACGAGCGCUCGUGGAAGCUCGGCAACAUCAUCCGCACACAGGCCGAGGCCCUUCUGCGGGGCAAGAGAGACGGAACAUUCCUGGUACGGGAGAGCAGCAAGCCUGGCUGCUACGCCUGCAGCGUGGUUGUGGACGGUGAGGUCAAGCACUGCGUCAUCAACAAGACGCCCUCGGGCUACGGUUUCGCGGAGCCCUACAACCUGUACAGCUCGCUGAAAGAACUGGUCUUGCACUACCAGCAUACGUCUCUCGUCCAGCACAAUGACUCUUUGAAUGUCACGUUAGCGUACCCUGUUUACGCACAGCAGAGACGAUGAGGACUUCCUUCACCGGGAUAAAAAAACUAAAAAACUUGUCUCCUCCUCCUUCUCCUUCCCCCCCUCACUCGACUGCGGGACUUUGCGGGAAGUGUGCAGGCAUUCUGAAAAGGACGGAGAGGAGCUUGGCUUGGAACACUGUGGGAGAUUGAGAGAUGGAGAGAUGCCUUUUGUCAGGGUGGCUGGUGGACAGAUGGGUGAGGAAGAUGAAAGAGGCUGCGUUUGCCUUUUUUCUUUCCACCCUCCUCCCCUUGUCAGACUUUAACUGGGAAGAUGAACGAGGGAAAGUGAGAGAGACGGAGAGAGAGAGAGAGAGAGAGAGAGAGAGAGUGAGCAAGAGACAAAUGGAAUGGAACCCAAAUACACACAAAUAUAUAAAUAUCUAUAUAUUACUAUAUCUAAAGAGAAAAAUAAACAUUUCAGCCUCUGAGACGUUUGAACUGGUGCCGGGUCUGAAUGUAGUCCCUCUUUCGCGCACUCUCUUUUUUGCCAGAGUGCAGUACCAAGAGGAAACUGUGGAACUCCUUUCCCUCCCUCCUCCUCGUCCUCAUCCCGUUCUCUCCUCCCUCACCUCUCAUCAUCACUCUCUCUCCAACCUAAAAUGGAGGACGUCGGAGGCCUUUUCCAAAUGGUGCUUGUUCAUGUUGAAGCUUUACCUGAUGGAAUUUCGUUACGCAGUUCAACCACCGCCGCUACCCUCCAUCACCUGACCCCACACCGGCACCACCUGCCUGUAGUGGGCUUAAUGUUUCUAACGUUUCCUGCGCCCCUUGAGCCCCCACCUCCACCUGCCCCCCUACCCCACCCCCCACUCUAUUCAGGUCUCUGUGUGUGUGUGUGUGAGUGUGCCUGUGUGUGUGUAUGUGCGUGUGUAUGUGCGUGUGUGGGUGUGUGAGCGAAAGUGGUGUGUACAUUAGUGUCGAUGUGACCAAAACUCACAGUAUCUGAAAGCUAAAAUCAUCGUCGGGGUGCUUAACAUUUGUGAUGUUUUAAAGAAACGAAAACAAACUAAAAGACUCUAAAACAGAAAUGGACAGACCAUGGAACAGCUGAUAUAUGUAGCAAGAUGGCACUUUUUUUCUCUCUUUUCUUUGUCUUUUAUUUUUUAUUUUAUUUUAUUAUUUUUUUUGGAAAAAUUAAAAGAGCAUAUAUACUCAACCUGUUUCUCAGAGACUCCUUUGAGACGUCUGGUCUCGCUGGGAGUGUGUUUGAGUGUGAGGCAGUGGGCUCAGCCUGUGGCAUUUCUCCUGUGAUACCCCCCCCAUAGGACAGACGCUGGGCUCUUGGCUCCCUAACGGACUGGUAGAAACAGUGUGACCGCAGCAGCCUGCAACGGAAAAGACAAAAAUCUUUCAUUAUGAUGUACAUACAGUGAAACCUGUGAUGACGAUGACUUACCGUAUUGUACCAAAAAAAAAGCUCAGUUCCUAUUUUUUGUUUCUCAGUUUAUUCUAAUCUGCUAUGCAAUUCUGUAUCUCUCUCCUCUCAGCAAGAUCAGUUUUUAUUUUUCAUGUUGCUACCCAUAAUAUAAGCAUGUUUUAUUUGCUUGGAAAAGUCUCUGUAUUUUUGCCCAUGACCAAUAUCUAAGUCAAGAGGAUAUAUUAAGUGUCAAAAUGCCAAGAAACAUAGUCUCAGUUUUCAAACCCUAAAGAAAAGAGAAACAGAUUUUACUUUUAUUACAGAUGUCUUUAUGAGAAUACAGAUGUAUAGAUGGAGAGAAGAAAGAUGAACAAUUUUAUUAGUUAUUUUUACUUUGAACUACUGUCCUCCUGGGUAGAGCCUAUGGGGGGAUCUUUCAACUCAAUUUCUUCUUCUUUUUUUUUUUUACAUUUUCUUCCCUUAACAAAGCAGUAUACAGUCAAGACAUGCAUAGCAAACACAUGAUUAGUAUAUUCCCACGUUGCUCAAACGUGUUUUUUUUUUUUUUUUUUUUUCCAAGAGUUUUAUUUUAUGAAAGUUUUAAUUUUCCAUUUGUGAGGGAAGGAGAGCGAAAAAGAGUUAGUUUUGUGGAAUGGCAGAAAUAAUCGCAUGCUCAGUUUGGAGACGGGGAAGAAAAAAGGUUUCCUUCUCAUUCCUUGGUCCAUACAGUAUUUUUUCUGUAUCAGAAAAUUCUUAAUGAGUGUUUACAUGGGUGUGAACGGGCUCAUUUCGACUAGUGGCUGAAUGCUUGUGACCAUGCAUUGUUUUCUUGACCUAUGUUUCUGCCACCGGAAAAAAAUAAAAGAAAGAAAAAAAUCUAGAUUUUUUUUAAAGAAAAUAAACCAAAUUAGACACAGCUGCCAACUCGAUAGCGCACAUCUUUCUUUUCUACAUUUUUUUUCUCUCAUCUAUAACAGUAUUUGAAGCUUGACUGAUUUUGUUCAAGUCUGUAUUACAUAUGGUUUGCCGUCAGUGCAAAUCCUCAGUAAAGUACACAAAUUAUAUGCAGCACUUAUCCUGCAGUAUGAAAAAAGCUUACGUUGUACUUCGCAUCAGUGAGUAUCGGUAUAAAACAUGCAUUCUUCUGAUUCGUUAAUAGAGUGUUCCGGUGUGUUCCACCUUGUUCUUUGGAUCAUUUAUUCUCAUUUUUGAACAAUCAUCACCUUUUUUUUUCUUUUGUUCUGGUUUAAUCAUUGAUCAACACGUUAUACUCUAACAUUGCACCACUUUAGUUCCUACUGGGCCUGAUUGCCUUAAAACAUAUUAAGAUGACUUUAUUUUAUACAAGGUUCAGUCCUUGUUGGCACCUGUUGCAAAUUUAGCCCGUAUGUGUUUAUCCCUACUAGAAACAAUUCUUCAAAGAUGUAUAAGUGGAGAAUAAUUUGUAAACAUGUUUUAUUUUCGUUUCUCUUCACUAUCAGUCUAAUUCUGCCCUUUUGCUUUCGAAAAAAGACUUUAGGUGGAUGUAGCAAAUUUGUCUAUUUUUUUCCCCUUUAAUUUUACAAAUAGAAGUUGUCAAAUUCAGGUAAUCGUCACACCUGUCUUAACUGGCAAAGAGACUUGAGUCAUUGGUUGCCAAUGCCAAAAGGACUGCCUAAGUAGCAGGUGUGAAGUUAACCAUGCCAUCCCAACUAAUAUCCCACCAGAAGCAGUGUGACCAUUAGGCUUUUGUUAGUGUGGACUUGCAUUGGAGAGUUGAGAAGUCCGGGAGAGCCAUGACUUGAGGACGCGUAGGCUUUUAACAGUCCUAAAAUUAAAAUGCCUCUCCCCCCACCCCACCCCAGUUUAUUCAAUUAAUUAAAAUGAUCAACUUGAGAUUCACAGACAGCAUUCAAAGAAAACUAAGCACUGUUUUUUUAGAAAAAAAUAAAAUAAAUCUACUUGUCCUAUCUACAGCAAAUAUUUUUUGUUCUCUCCCUUUAACAUUUGUUAUAUCAUUGUAGUUUUUUUCCAAAGGUUUUUGAGGCCUUUGAGUUAUUUGUUCACAUAGUUGAAAGUGUUGUUAGUUGUUUGGCCAUUGUUUCUGAGAAAAUGCGGCACCAUUUUUUUUAAAACAUUUCCUCCCCUUCUUUUUUUCUGUUUUCCUUUCAGGCUUGGUUUACGGUAAACUUGAGAUGAUUGUGUCAGAAAUAUUGAGAUUAAAAUUUACCGGUGUGUCCCAGUUUUAAAACUGCUUAAAAAACCUGUAUGGGCUUUGUGAAAAAUAAAUAAAAAAAUGUUUUUAAGAAAAAAAAAA